AACAAGCACGAAACCUAGGUCCAGGGCUUCCUGCCGAUUUCCUCCGUCCAGCUAACAUUCAACCAGUGGAGUAUCGGCAUGACUCCAAAAGAUAUUUCAACUUCAUUCGAAGUUCUUUGGAUAGACUAUUACUCCAUCCAACUCCUUAAACUGUAAUAGUCUUGUUUUAUUAUCUUGUUUGUUUGUAGUGAAAACUGCCUUUUAAUCACAUCUGGUGAGUUGAAAACAUUUCAAGUAUUAGGUUGUUUAUUUUCGGUGAUUAACUGCGAAAAUUCGAAAGUAAACCACAAAUUUUCUGUGUAUACCUUUUCGAUUUGCUGUAGAUAUUGUUAUGGCAUCUAGUUUUGUUGAAGGAUUUUCUCAAUUGCACAGUGAUGUUAAUAUUGCAGAUCAUUCUGGACCGAGUACAGUUUUAUCCUGUUUCCUUAUCGGUUACAUCAGUGCCCUUAACUAUGGAUUUUUGCCAGCUAUACAAUCAUAUUCUUGUGCUGCUUAUAAUGCGCUCACAUAUCACUUGGCAGUUACUCUAUCAGGAGCAUUUUCUGCUAUAUCCACAGUAUCAACCACAUUUUUUGUGAAUCGUUAUUCCAAACAAAUAAAGUCGACUGUUUAUGGCGAAAUUAGAUCAAUAUCAAAUGACUCACACAAUAUGAACUCUAGAAUAUCAAAACAGAAUGAUGCGAAUUCUGGACACGAAGUCAUAGUGAUUGCGAACAAAUCAUUUAUGAAUUCAGUUCAUAGAAAAUGGAUCGGUAUUGUUAUUGUUUCUUCAUUGCCGGCAGCUUAUCUGAUUUGUUUGGCUAGUUCCAGUCCUAAACCACCUUUAUUAGGUGGUUUCGGCUCUGCAAGUUCUGUACGUUCAGUUGACUUUCAACCGAAUUUCUUUGGUUUGUAAACUUACUUAUCAUGUUUGUUACCAAUAUCCUGGU